AUGUCGACAGUUGAGAGUCCUCCAGUCGCGACAGCACCACCAGACCCCCGACCCAACGAGCCGUCAGAUGCACCAGCACAUACACAGAGCGAUGCACCGUCAAGCGCACUUGGGAAUGGUAGUCGAAGUGUAGAUGUGUCGCCUGGACCUGAGACUGCGCCCGCGCCUACGCUCACGCCUGCGGGCCCCCUCGACACGCCCCAGUCACAGCCCAUGACUGCGACCGCGUCCACUUCCUCGUUACAGCCGCCCCUCGAGAAUGGAGACAAUUCUAUCACUGGCCCGUACGGCACUCGCUCAAGAAAUCGGACAGGUGGCACGCGCCCAAACUACGCCGAGGACCGGGAGUUGGAUCUCGAAAUAGAGGCACUGUCCAAACCGAGUCGGUCGAGUAAGCGAUCAUCUGCCGCAGCGAGCGAGCAGCAGCAGCAGCAGCCUUCGACUCCGAGCUUUGCAUCCGUCAACAACUCUCAUCACGACAAGCCCUCUGAAACUGCCCCUGCGCCCAAUGCAUCAACACCCGCUCCUAACACGGCUCCUGCACCUUCGAAGAAAAGAAAACAUCCCGGCAGCAAUCAUACCGUGGCCGCAAACUCAACGAUGGGCAACGGUUCGCGCUCGAAACCUAUCGCCUCGGUGCCGUUCAGAGGCUAUGUCGAAACAAAUAUGAUGAGCUUUAAACGCUCUGGAUAUAAGCUGAAUGCUAAAAAUCAACUGGUCGCCGAUGACGGCACCACCAUUCAGGCCAACGACCAUGUCUACCUCAUCUGCGAACCUCCGGGAGAACCCUACUACCUUGCGCGUAUCAUGGAAUUCCUGCACGCGAAGAACGACCCCGACGGUCCCAUCGAUGCCAUUCGAGUCAAUUGGUACUAUCGCCCCAAAGACAUCCUCCGAAGAGUCCAGGACACACGGGUUGUCUUCGCUUCGAUGCAUUCCGACACCUGCCCCCUCACAUCGCUGCGCGGGAAAUGCAACAUCCGUCAUCUCUCGGAAAUAUCUAAUAUGGACGAAUACCGCGGCCAGCAAGAUUCUUUUUGGUUUGAUAAAUUGUAUGACCGCUACAUGCACCGAUAUUACGAGGUCAUUCCCACGAGCAAGGUCGUCAACGUCCCGCAGCAUGUCAAGACUGUCCUAGAUCAACGCUGGAAAUUUGUCUUGGUUGAGAUCGGCCGCGGUCGUGAUCUGACCAGUGAGAGCAAAAAGUGUACAAAGUGUGAACAGUUUGCGAGCAACCACGACUCCGUGGACUGCGCAGUUUGCAAGCGGACAUACCACAUGCAGUGCGUCCGGCCACCGCUGCUGAAAAAGCCUGCUCGAGGGUUUGCGUGGGCCUGUGCCCAUUGUAGCCGGGCCCAGGAAAUGAAAAUGGACAAUCGAAAUACACCCGCAGGCUCAGAAGUUGGUCAUGGGGACGAAGACGACCCCAUGGAUGAGGACGAGGACGAGAAUCACGCAAAGAGUCGGGACACCCGUGAAAGCAGCAUCGCACCCGAGCCACAUCCGGCACCGACCAAGGAACAAAUUGCCCAGGCAAAUCUGUGGCCAUGGCGGUACCUCGGUGUUCACUCUCGGGUUGAAGAUGCACUAGACUAUGAUGAUCGGAUAUAUCCUCGAGCAAGCUCCAGAUUAGGCCCUCGGCACCAAGCCAACGUCAAUGUGUGGCACGGGCGUCCCGUUGAAUUAGUGAAGCCUGCUGAGAUCAAGCGAAAAUACUUGAAAAAUGCGCAUCACAUCAAGGGUGCCAAAGGCUCCAAGGACACCGGCACCGAUACCGACAGAGAUCAGAAGCUGAAGCGUCCUAAGUGGGUGAUUGACGAGCCGGUUGGCUACGUCCCCCGAGGACAGGAUGAGCCUGUUGAAAUCAAGGGCAAAAAAGAGCAUACUGCUCAAUUGCUCUUCAAGAUGCCGGAACCAGGACAACUUUCAGAAAGAGGGGGUGAUGACGUUUCGGGACCUGUUGAUCCAGAGUACUUGGUUGACGACUACAUGGCGAGGGUCAAACCAAUUGCUGCCAAAUACAAUCUGCUCGAUUCGUCUGUUGACUUUCUCACCAAAGCGAUCGAAAAGCUGCAAGAGAAUGAAUAUAAUGUCGAGAAGGCAUUGAAAGCCAUGACGGAACUCAGCUUGAAGGGUGACUUGAAGCAGCCUGAGCUCUCCCGCGACGAAAUUAAGCGUUUCGAAGAAGGUGUAGCUAAAUACGGAAGUGAGCUCCAUGCUGUGACUCGCCAUGUUGGAAAUGUCAAGGAAUCUCGGAUUGUUCGGUUUUACUAUAUGUGGAAAAAAACCGAAAAGGGUCGACAGAUCUGGGGCAAUUUCGAGGGCCGACGUUCGAAAAAGGAAUCCAAACGAGCGGACAAAGAGGGCAAUGUGCCCAAACUCCUGGACGAUGUUGCUCAUGACCAGGAUGACUCGGCCUUCGAUGAUGAGAAGGCGGCGCAGAAGAAGCGAAGCUUUGUCUGCAAAUUUUGUUGGACUCAACAUUCCAGGCAAUGGCGACGUGCACCGGGAACGCCACCGGGCACACUGGUACCCAAGGAUCCCUCGGCGAAAAACAGUAAAGAUAAGAGUGGGUGGCUCACACUGGCUCUAUGUGGCCGAUGUGCCUAUCUUUGGCGCAAAUAUGCUGUCCAGUACGAAGAUAUCGAGGAAAUCUCAAAGAAAAUUGCAUCCUCGGGAAGCCGGGCAGCAAAGCGCAAAGUGGAUGAAGAACUCUUGCGUCUUAUCCUUGAGGCGCAUCAGAUGUCUGGCGAUCCCAUCCCUCCACGAGCGGUCGACGAGGUCAACAAGGCUGGCUUGGAAGUGCCCCAAAACAUCAUUCAACCCGAGGAGCCUCCCAAGAAGAAGGGCAAGCUCGACAAAGACGCCACGCAACCCGCUCCUGAUGUCGUCCCGGAGAAGAAGAAGGCGCCUGAAAAGCCGCCCGAACCUGCCGCGAUCGAGCCGGAUCCGCCCCGGGUCAAGGUCCAUCCCUGUGCCGUGUGUCGGGUCAUCGAUGCUCCUGGUCUGGAACUGCUUAAGUGCCGUGACUGCAGACUUCAUGUACAUGGUGCAUGCUAUGGAGUUGGGAAAAAGACAAACACGAAACCAUGGUUUUGUGACAUGUGCCGAAACGACCACAACCUACAGGUCUCAACGACCUACGAAUGCGUUCUCUGUCCUGUCAAAUACACAGCCCAAGAGCUUAUGGAGCCUUUGAGAACAUCGCACAAGAAGAAGAGUGAUCGGGAACGUGAAAAGGAACGCAUCGAACGAGAGAUCAUACAAGAAGCCAGCCGGAGAUGGCGAAUGGAACAAGAAGCAGCAGGUCGUCCUGUCAACCCCCGUGAGGCCCUCAAGAGGACUGCCUGGAACAACUGGAUCCACAUCACUUGCGCCCUCUGGACCAAGGAGAUCAAAUUUGGCAAUUCGGAAUUGCUUGAUGAUGCAGAAGGCGUGGGUUUCAUCCCCCCAGAACGCUUUGAGCCGAUAUGCAAAAUCUGUAAGCUAUCUGGGAUGCCUACGGUGAAAUGUCACAUGGCCAGCUGCACCGCCUACUUCCAUGUCGGCUGUGCACACCAGGCAGAGUACAUAUUCGGCUUCGACGUACAACCGGUCAAAAGUAGCAGACGCGACACGGCCAACAUCAUGAAACUCGGUUCAGAGACUGGCAUUGUCACCGCAGGGAUCUGGUGCCCGACCCAUGUUCCUACUACUUGGGUGCACGGCAUGCUCGAAAUGACGGACGCCGAGAUAACGGCCAUGCAAUUGUUCGCUCGCACUUAUAAGCAGGUGGACAACUCUGUGACAGGCACUGUCCGGCGCGCUGCGCAGUUUGCCACCAAUUUUGCGAGCUCUGCACCCGCGGUCCAGCCGCAUCAGCGGCGGGAAAGUACUGUCAACGGGGCGCCAAAUGGAACCAUCAGUCAUACUGAGAAGAAUGGUGGCACGAGUCUUCGAGAAUCCCCUGGAGCCACUGGAGUGGGCGAAAUGCUGGUGGGCUCUGACACAGCACCAGCUGAAUCCGCGGCGCACGAAGCCUCCAAGAAACGGAGCGGCACUCCCAAAAAGUGCUGUACUUGUCUUGUGGAUGCCAGUCCCAGAUGGUGGCCCCUCCAACAAGAACCACCGCCAGCUGCUAAUGGCACACUGAUUGAAAUGGUCACGGACGAAACUCAGGUGAACGGCUCACUGGAUACUGUUGUAACCAAUGGCGCGGUCAAAGCUGAACCCGCAGACGGUACGACUCUUACCGCAACCGCUGGUGGCAAAGACCGCACGAUGUAUCAGUGCCACAAGUGUCAUAUUCUCAGGCGAACACCCCCUUCAUCUCCAUCACAGGUCAAGCCUCGUGAGAAGCCUGUACCACUGGAUCCGGAGCCAUACAAACACCAGCCACCGUUCCCUCCACCACCCAACGUCUACACGUUGAAUAGACCACCAAUUGAAGCACCACCGCAUUCUCAUCCUCUUCCUCCACCUCUUCCAGCUCCAACGUCUCAUUAUCCACCUUGGCAGAGCGGUCCUCCUCCCCAAUGGUCCUCGCCCGGCGUGCGAGCAGCACGUCACCCUUCUCCGCCAGCUCCGCCACUCUACGGUCAGCCUCUUUAUCGACCCCCUCCUCCGCCUACACUACCCCCGCCGCCACCAGCCCCCGAAUACAGUCAAUCACCUUAUAGGCGGCCAGGGCACCAUUCGCCAUAUGGCACCGUACCCACCUCCCCCCACCACCCGGCCCAGGUCUGGUGCCUCAGCAUUCACCCCCUCCCUCAGCGGCUUAUGGGCAUCACCCUCCUCACCAUCCUCAUCACGCUCAUCAUAGCAUUCCACCGCCUCCAGUUCCACCGCAAGUCACGCGUCCACCAUCACCUCCACGAUAUAGCUCUGACCGGCCCCCGGUUCCACCACCCCAUCUUGGACUAG